GAAAUUUGACGCAUAUUUUGGAUUUUCAAUACAAGUAAAGAAGAAGUAAAUUCUUUGACUUGGUGUUUUAAUGUGAAGCAUGUAAAUGAGGUGCCGAUUUAAAAAUGUCCAAUUAACUUUCUAAUAAAUAUGAGAAAAGAACGGUAAAAUAAAUAACUACUGCAUACAGUGGCACCUGUGAAAAUGAGACCGACUGGUUCAGUACUACAAAUGAAACAAAGUGUACGUGUGUGAAAAUUAUGGAAACCAGUCAUUGUUUAUAGGAACCAAGAUGGCGGACAAAAAGGCAGAUUCUGGCAGUGAAUCAGACAGCACAGAGGAACCGGUUGUUGGGAAUGUAAACAAGUUUGCUGUGGUUCCACCAGGCUUCACAGGACGGCCCAAAAAAGGCCAUCUCAUCUUUGAUGCUUGUUUUGAAUGUGGUAACUUGGGUAGAGUGGACUACAUCACAGAGUAUGAAUAUGACCUUUUUAUACGUCCUGACACAUGCAAUCCUAGAUUUCGUGUAUGGUUCAACUUCACUGUGGAAAAUGUCAGGACGGAUCAGAGAGUUAUCUUCAACAUCGUCAACUUCAGCAAGACCAAGUCUUUAUACAGGGAAGGAAUGUCACCAUUUGUAAAGUCUACCAGCAGACCAAAAUGGGUGCGUGUGCCAGCAAAGCAUGUCUACUACUACAGAUGUCCGGACCAUCGGAAGAACUAUGUCAUGUCGUUUGCCUUCAUCUUUGACAAGGAGGACGACGUAUACCAGUUUGCAUACUGUUAUCCGUAUUCCUACACCCGGCUACAAAACUACCUGGACAAUCUGGAGAAACGAAACAUGGACUACUUUACGCGGGAACUACUUUGUUUAACUGUGCAACAACGUCGUCUUGACCUGAUUACAAUCACACACCCAGACAAUCUCUACCCAGAAGAGACAAAAAGGAUAGUGUUUGUAACAGCCAGGGUACAUCCUGGGGAAACUCCCUCGUCUUUUGUAUGUCAAGGAUUCAUAGACUUUUUGAUUGGCAAUCACCCAGUAGCAAAGACCUUGCGAGAGCAUAUAGUGUUUAAAGUAGUCCCUAUGUUGAAUCCUGAUGGCGUAUUCUUGGGCAACUACAGGUGUUCGCUGAUGGGUUUUGACCUAAAUCGCCACUGGCAGGAGCCCUCGCCCUGGGCCCACCCCACCCUGUAUGCCACGAAGAAUCUCCUCAUGGAAUAUGACAGAGACGAGAAACUGAUAGUAGACUUUUUCAUAGACCUGCAUGCUCAUUCGACCCUGAUGAAUGGUUUCAUGUACGGGAACACAUACGAUGACAUGGAGCGCUAUGAGCGCCAGUCCGUGUUCCCCAAACUCCUGUGCGGGAAUGCUGAAGAUUUCUCAUUGGCCAACACAAACUUCAACCGGGAUGCAGUGAAAGCAGGGACGGGUAGACGGACCCUGGGAGGCUGUCUGGAUGAGAAUUCACAUUGCUACACUCUGGAGGUCUCUUUCUUCAGCUACCAGAGCACUACAGGUCAGGCAAUGCCCUAUACAGAGGAAGGAUAUAUGAAACUGGGUAGAAAUCUGGCACGCACGUUCGUAGACUACUACAAGCUUGCUGGGGUGGUGAGUGCAAAGCCCAGCAGUAGCAUAGUGCCCAAACCUGGCGCCUACCGAAUACGAGACCGCAACGUACAGGAACGCUCCAACACUGACAGUCAGUUUGAGGAGAAGGUUAGGGACCUGUUUAUUUAUCACCGUGCAUAUGAACGGGAUAAGAACGGCAUACGGCCCCCCCAGAGCAGCCAGGAUGAUCGUUCCACCGUGUCGUCACGGCGACAGUACCUGUACAGCAGACCGUCCGACCUGUCUAUAAAUAGCACCAACACCUUCAGUGACGUCUCCACUAACAUACGCCUACAGCUGCGUGAGAGAGAAAGGGACAGGAAACAGUACUGAAUUGUGUAGCAAUUUUUGUAAAUUUGCACUUAAUGAUAAAUCUUUUACAAUAGUUAUGCCUGAAUAAUUGCGAACAAUAUUUAUUUUAUUACAAAGAAUGUGACAUGAUAGUGUUGUCCAUUUGAAUGUGAACAAUACUUUAUUGUAGUUUAAAAUGAUAGGUAUGCCUGCAUAUAAGGAAAAUUAUCAGUGUUUUUGUUGCUGGUUUGCAUGUAUGUAUCUGUGAUGAUCUGGUGAAAUUAUUACGCAGCUGUUUUUGUUCCUAUUUAAUUCAUUUAAAUGAUUUUUUAGCCUUUCUAUGUUAAGUUUUAAUACAAUAUUAUUAUUCUUCUUUGGCGAGUCUAAGAUUAUCAGUUAUAUUUGAUCAAUUUUAUCAGUACAUUGCACAAAAUAUUUAUUGAUAAUUUCAUGUUGAUAAUUUAUGGCUUAUUUAGAUUUAUUGUGUUUUGGAGUGUUUUUACGUCAUUUUUUGUGAGACACAAAAGUUGGUAAAUUUAUUGAUGUAUUUUAUUUUAGUUGCAAUUUCUGUGAUUUGGGUGAAGUAUAAAUGUACAUUAUUUUGUAAUGCAAGAAAUAAGUGAUGUGUGUAUGCUUGCUUUGUUAUUUACAAUCAUGCCAUAUCUUGUGAUCAUUUGUUUAUUUAUGAAUUUUAGUAUAUUAUUAUUUGCCACUAAAUACUUGUUGAGCUAGUAAACUAUCCAAAAAGCCAUGUACAUAUAAAAUGUAUUUGCCAUAAAAAAUAUGUGUAUGACAUACAUAUUAUAUUUUAUAUUGAUAUCUAUAAAGAUGUAUAAACCA